ACCUCUGCAUCAACAAGCCCCGCCUCCAGUGUUCAGCAACAUGGCCGCCUCCAGAUUACCACCAGCUGCUCUGAAUCUUAAACAGUUUUUACAGAGGCAGAAAGUUUUGGGAGUGUACAGAGAUCUGCUUCGAUCCAUCCGCAAAAUACCUCAAGAGUCUGACCGCACAUAUCUGAGAGACUGGGCCAGAGAAGAGUUCAAGAGAAACAAGAGCGAAACAAAUCAGGAUGUCAUCCGCAUGAUGAUCACACAAGCAAACAAUCAUCUGGAGGAUUUAAGAAAAUCUCUUGCUUUGGCCGGAUGCUAGAACAUUGAAGUUUUCAAACAGAAACAUUUUCCAAUCAUCAACAGAUGUGCACUAUUAUGUCAAAGAAAAUCAUUCAAUUGUAUAUUUAUAUGUUUAUAAUGCAUCAAUAUUGUGUCUUCAUUAACAUGUUCUCAUAUAAGUUAUAAUCAAUGUGCAAUUUAGUUCUAAGACAUGUCAGAAUAAAUACACCUUUGUCUGA